AUGGGUGUCUGGACCCGACCCGCUGUACGUGGAACUCCCCAGGCUGAGGAUUUAAAGGCUAGAGCUGGCAGCGGGUCACCACGUCCCCAAUUUUCUCUGACCCCUUUUAUUCGCUGCCAACAAGGGGCAAAGUGCGCAGAGUUGGCCCGCGGUGGAAGACCCGAAUGGGCGGGAGAGGGGAGGAGACAGAGGGCCAAGGCGUGCAGCGAGCAGGAGACGCGAAAACAGGAUGCUGCAGACACACCGCGGCUUUGCCGCGGCAGCCCCUGCCCCUGCCCCUGCCUCUGCCCCUGGGGAAAUGCUAAUGAUUAUGCAGACUCUGCCGCGUCAUUGGCCGAAGGGAAUUUGGUGCCACCACGUCCUGCCGUUGCCAUUGGCUCGGCGCAAUCUGCUGUUCCCUCUGCCGCGAGCUCUCGCUCCCCCUCCCCUCCCUUUCCCCAGCUCGGCUUCUCUUCCACCGGCCGCUGGACCUCUGCCCGGCACCUCGCGGCCUUGGAGGCGCUUGGGAGCGUUCUCUCUGGAAGAGGGAGAGGUCCCGAUCCGGGAGUGGGGGCCACGCGACGCCAAGUAGACCAGCUGAAUUCCCGCGGCUGCGGGCGGGCUGCACGGCACACACACGUAGAUCCACAGAUGUGUGGACCUGCACGCGCGCUCGGGCUUCAGCUGCUAGGCAUGCCCAGCAGGGGGGUCGUUCUCCGCCGGCCUCAGUGCGUGAUCUCCUCGCGUUGCCCGCGCCUGCGGAACGUGAGCGGGAUGUUUUGGAGACUCCUGAGAUUGUCAGGUUGGGAUUUUGGAAUCCCUUCCAUGGAAAAAGGCAGGAAGCACGUGCUUUCAUCUGGAAGCAGGCAAAAGGCUUUGUAUGUGGAACAAGAAUAGCUA